UCGUGCCUCAUUUACAUCCACACCCGGUUGGAAGUCGAAUUUGAAGGCAAAGCUCCUUCCUCCAAACCAAUUUAUUGUUUGUCGGUUGCUUAAUCAUCUGCGUUUUACUCUUCUUUUGAUUUAGAUUCAUCUCUUCCUUCAUCAAUCAACCAACAAUGAGCUCGGAGGAACCCAAUUUGGACGAGUUCUUCGUUGAGAAGAAGCGUGCUAGGAACCCUCUCGUCCCCGUCGGUGCACUUGUCACUGCUGGGGUUCUCACUGCUGGAUUAAUAAGCUUUAGACAAGGUAACUCUCAAUUGGGGCAGAUGCUAAUGAGAGCUCGUGUGGUUGUCCAAGGUGCUACAGUAGCACUGAUGGUUGGCACAGCUUUCUACUAUGGAGAGAAUCCUUGGCGGUCGAGUUAAAACGUCCAUGUACUGCUCUUUACGAUUUUCUUUUCACCAUUUUGUUUUACAAUGAGACAUUUCAGUAAACAAUGAAAGAUUGUUGUCUUGCUAUCUUUCUUUAGGUAUAACGACAUGUUAUUCAGUGAUUCGGUAACAAUAUUUAUAUAUACUCAAAAUAAUUCUUCAGGGAAAGCAAGUGUCAUAUGUAUUCAUUCUUAGGCACAGUUGUGUUGCCUUCAAAGAUAUUAAUCUUGGUGUUAUGUUGGAA